AUGUCAAGAGAAGAACCGCGUAGCCCAACCUGCAUUUCCCCAACACAUAAAUGCAGGAGGAGGACAGUAAACUUAUUCCCUUCAAUGCCCCCGCACAUAAAAGCGGCAGCCCUCCUGUUUGAGUCUAUCAUCCCCGCCCUCAUAUCAUUCCCCGAAUUGCAACUGCUACCAAGACGUCAACUCCCCGUAAAAGUACUUCCGCACCACUUCUCGCAUAUCCUGCCGGAAAGUAGAAAAGUUGUUGUGCCCAUCUUGGAAAAAGAUCGCAACCCUCGUAAUCCCUGUAACCCGGGACGAGUACAACCACACACACAACAUGAUUUCCCACCCGAGAUGAAACUUCGCGCAUUCAUUUUUCCGCAAUGUUGCGUCUCACCCGGGCCGUGCAAGAAGAA